UUCUCCGCCUGGCUGCCAGGGAACCGAACCGGCCGGCCAGACAGCCAGCCCAACGGCCAGCGGCCAGCGGCCAAGCGCAUGCCCCCUUUUACACAGUGCUGUGUACCUACUCCGUACCCAGGCAGCUCCGUCUACCCUGCUGCCCCGGCAGCAUUGGGUAGGUGCGGGGGUACGGAGUACUGCGUGUGUACUUCUCAUACUCCCUGAGUCUCCCCCAGCCCAAGCGGCAGGUGUGACGUUUGCUCAGUAGAGGCCGUCCCGUUUGCCCUCAGCUCUGCCCCGUUCCACAAUCCACCUCCUUCUCUCUGGCGACGCGAGCAUCUCUCGUUCCGAAACCCACUCCUCCGCCGCCGCCGCCCCCCCCGUGUAUUCCUCCCCGUCAGCCCUCCUCAACCCUCGCUCUCCUUCCUCCUCGCGUUGCCAUGGCGAGGCGUUGAGGCAAUUGAAACACCCAAGCCUUGCAUACCCUUUGUGGUCGGAGUCAGCGGCAGCCAGAUCUGACGCAGAUGCGAUGCCCACGCGGACCUCGCAGAUGCACCUGGACCCAGCCACGCACCCAGACUGUCCCAUCUCGCUCUGUCUCUGCCUAAAACUGGUCAGAUAGAUGUCUUGAAAUUGCCCAAUUUAUUGCUCCACUGCCUCUCUGGUCUGUGCUACGUACAAGCUGUUGAAGACACGCAACUGCAACCCUCAUCAGAUAUCAUGCACAUGCAGUAGAAUUCAAGACUCGACCUCAUCCACCAUAUAGCCCUCCCACACGAAUAACAGCCCCUAGCCCGUCACCUCUCCCGCCUCCUCACAGUCGGCUUUGAGAAUUAAUACCGCAAUCCCGAAGCUCCCCCCCACCUUUGACGUCAAGACCAGCUCUCCCUGGAGCCAUCCCUGCACGCCCACCCUCGACGAAGACAAGACAUCGCCCAAUUACUGUCCAGCACACUCUCGAGAGACGACGGAAACUUCAAUUCCCUCUUCCUCGAACGCAACCGCUUCGCUUAGCAUUACGACUGUUGAAUAUGGUUCACAUCAUACCACAACGCCUGAAAUCGUCAUCACGCUUGAAUACCGGCUCGGCCACCAAUAGUCGUAACGCCAGCCCAAUGAGGAGCAAAGGAGACUCGGCGAGCCCAGACGGCCGCAAGGAGACGGGGUUGAUGCUCAACACUGUAAUUCUCAAGGCACGGAACCUCGCCGCAGCGGAUCGAAGUGGUACCUCGGAUCCAUACCUCGUCUUAACCCUUGGUGAAAACAGGCACCAAACACACUCUGUGUCCAAGACGCUUAACCCACACUGGAACGAACAAUGCGAGUUCCACGUCAACGAAACACGACACCUGCUACUCGACAUUAUUUGCUGGGACAAGGACAGAUUUGGCAAGGACUAUCUCGGCGAAUUCGAUCUCGCUCUCGAGGAAAUAUUCGCAGACGGCCACUAUGAGCAAGAGCCCAAGUGGUUUCCUCUAAAGAACAAGAGCAAGGGCAAGAAGGCUACCAGCACCAAGGUCUCUGGUGAGGUCUUGUUGCAGUUCACCCUCUACGACGCCUCGAAUCCAAACGCGACCAAUGCCGACAUUGCCGCCAAGUUCACAGCCCUCACCAGCGCGGUCCCUGAAGCCGACCCAACGUCCAAGAACCCGACGCCCUCCCGCACACCGGUCUUGGCGCCCACCAAGCCGAGCACCUCCCCCUCCCCGCCCAUCAGUCGGAGGCCAACAGAGGAUGUCAGCGACGACGACGACGCUGAGUAUGACAUAUACGAUGACGAAACACCCGAGGAGGAAGACCCGUCGAAGCCUGAGAGUGUCGAGAAGCGAAAGCGCCGGCUCCGGAUCAAGGGCUUGAAGCGCAAGAAGCGCGACAACCCGUACGAAUUCACCAAUGGAGACCGCAGUGACGUAGUCGGCAUCAUCUUCCUCGAGGUUGUCAAGAUCACCGAUCUCCCUCCCGAAUCUAACUUCACAAAGACCGGUUUCGACAUGGACCCCUUCGUGGUCGCGUCGCUCGGCAAGAAGACAUACCGGACCAAGGUUGUGCGACACAACCUGAACCCGGUCUUCAACGAGAAGAUGAUAUUCAACGUCCUCGGUCAUGAGCAAAGCUAUUCUUUCGCCUUCACAGUCAUCGAUCGGGAUCGCUACACCGGCAAUGACUUCAUUGCUUCCACAUCUCUCCCCCUCAAGGAUCUCAUGGAGACGGCCCCUGUUGCUGAUCCAGAAACUGGACUCUAUAGGCUCAGAGACCCGCCUGAGUACGUGCAGCCGGACAACUCAUCGCAAAAGUCUCGUUUCAAGAGGUUAGGCAUAUCACGCUCGAACUCUCAGCAGAGCCUCGCGAAAUCUGCCCGGCCUGCCCUGAGCAAAAACCCCUCACAAAUGUCCCAGGUCCCGCCUUCUGCACCGGGCGACGGCGUGGCGGAAUCGACGCAGCUACCUGUCCCUAAUCCCGGACUUUUGGCGCCUGUUGACCCAGCUGCUACCGGCUCUGGGGCAGAGGCGGCUGCAGACGGCGAAGACCCUGACUUCGUGCUGUUCGACGUCCCCCUGAAGAUGAAGAAUAUGGAGAAGUGGGAGGCGAAGCACAACCCCGUUCUUACUUUACGGGCUAAAUACAUGCCCUACCCAGCUUUGCGGCAACAAUUUUGGAGAUCUAUGCUCAAGCAGUAUGACACGGACGAGAACGGAACCAUCAGCAAGGUCGAACUGACAACCAUGCUCGACACGCUCGGCUCGACAUUGCGAGACUCAACCAUUGACAGCUUCUUCAAACGCUUCCCACAUGCAGCUAACAGCGGUGAAAGCGAUCUUACGACAGACGAGGCCGUCAUCUGUUUGGAAGAUCAGCUCCUUUCGAAACCGAAGCCAACAAUGACGGACCGUCUCAAGGACAGAUUGCCUGAUUUCGCGAAGGGGCAAUCAUCUGGAAAGGAGCCGAGUUCCAGCGAGGUAGCGCCCGGUCCCGAGACAGCGCCCGGCAGUCAGACAUCCACGUCGACGAUCACCGUUCCGAAAUUCGCCACCCCAGGAGAAGAAGGCGAGGUGCUAGCCGAGAGAGAUGAUCUCAACGAUCGCGGGGAAGAGCACGUGGUUGAAAUUAGGGAAUGCCCCAUCUGCCAUCAGCCUCGUUUGAACAAGCGGACUGAUUCGGACAUCAUCACGCACAUUGCCACUUGCGCCAGCCAGGAUUGGCGCCAGGUCAACAACCUCGUAAUGGCUGGAUUUGUGACCGCAAGCCAGGCGCAGAGAAAGUGGUACUCCAAGGUCAUCACGAAGAUUUCAUACGGAGGGUACAAAUUGGGCGCCAAUUCUGCGAAUAUUCUCGUCCAGGACCGCAUAACAGGACAGAUAAGUGAGGAAAAGAUGAGCGUGUACGUGAGACUUGGUAUCAGACUGCUCUACAAGGGACUGAAAUCGAACAACAUGGAGAACAAGAGGAUUCGCAAACUUCUAAAGAGCCUCAGCAUCAAGCAGGGCAAGAAGUACGACGAUCCAGCUUCCAAGGCUGAGAUCGAGGGAUUUAUUGAAUUCCACAAGCUCGACAUGUCCGAGGUUCUCCUUCCGUUGGAGGAAUUCAAGAACUUCAACGAAUUCUUCUAUCGAGCCCUCAAACCAGGUGCCCGGCCAUGUUCCGCGCCGGAGAAUCCACACAUUAUUGUUUCACCUGCCGAUUGUCGUUCUGUGGUUUUCAACCGUGUCGAUGUCGCCACUGGCGUCUGGAUCAAAGGCCGUGAGUUCUCGAUAAAGAGACUACUCGGAGAUGCAUACCCCGAAGAUGCGGCCAGGUAUGAGAACGGGGGCGGACUGGGUAUCUUCCGUCUUGCGCCGCAAGACUACCACCGGUUCCACAUCCCCGUGGAUGGCAUCAUGGGCAAGCCCAAGCUCAUCGAAGGAGAAUACUAUACGGUCAACCCGAUGGCCAUCCGGUCCGCCUUGGAUGUCUACGGUGAGAACGUCCGCGUCAUCGUGCCGAUCGACAGCGAGAAGCAUGGCCGCGUCAUGGUCAUUUGUGUGGGUGCGAUGAUGGUCGGCAGCACCGUGAUCACGAGGCAGGAGGGCGAGCAUGUAAAGAGAGCCGAAGAACUUGGCUACUUCAAGUUUGGUGGUAGCACGAUCGUCCUGCUCUUCGAAGAGGGCAAGAUGGUGUUUGACGAUGACUUGGUGGAUAACUCGAAUGGCGCUCUCGAGACCUUGAUUCGGGUUGGCAUGUCUGUAGGACACUCUCCCAGCGAGGCACAAUGGGCACCCGACAUGCGGAAGGAUGAGAAGGACAUCACGGAGCAGGAAAGGUGGGAGGCUAAGAGACGCAUUCAAGGCAACUACAACCUGGAGGACGACAGCGACGAGUCGCCUCCCGCUAGCCAGAUUGCCGGGCAGGGCUCAGGCUAGGCGCCUGCUUGGUCAUGUAACUGGCUUGGGCCAGGUGCCGCGACAAAACUUUGGAAGACGGCAAAAAGCAAAGUCGGUCGUCGGGUUGAGGUCAAGCGAAAGCUUAUGUGAUUGUGUGGUGCGGCGAACACGAGGUCGCGUUGACCGGUAGCGGGAGACGUAUGCAGGCCAGGCAGAUCCUGUCUUGUUUGGAUUCUGCCCAUGUUCUCAUGCCUUGGUCGGUCACGUUAAUAACAACAGCCAUGAAUGUAAAUGAUCAAGGAAGAUACGUGGUAUUUCACCUCUUGUGUACACGCAAGGUCUUGCACCAUGAUAGAGAAGCCAUGCCUGGUGGUUCCGCCGCUGUCGGGUGGUGCUGGGCCUGGAGGGCCCGGCCGUCGACCGGAAGAUGGGAGAGCAAGUGGGGCCUGAGGCUGACACGGGGCCUUACAGGCAGCCAGGAAGUUCCCGAACCGAGUCGGCGAUGUCGUCUCCCCACGUGGGUGGAGCAGCUCUUCAGCUAGGUCAG